UCGCGGGUCCGGGGCGGGCGCCGCGAGCGGGUGGAAGAUGGCGGAGGGUGGCGGCACGGAGCCCGAGGAGCAGGAGCGGAGGUCCUCGAGGCCGCGGCCCCCGAGUGCGCGGGACUUACAGUUGGCCUUGGCAGAAUUAUAUGAAGAUGAAAUGAAAUGCAAGUCUUCCAAGCCUGACAGAUCUACAGCUACAGCCUUUAAGAGCCCACGAACACCGCCCCUUCGGCUUUAUUCAGGUGAUCAGGAAUAUGGUGGAUUACAUAUAGCUCAACCUCCAACUGGGAAAAUUGUGAACGAACUUUUCAAAGAGGCAAGGGAACAUGGGGCUGUCCCUCUAAAUGAAGCCACAAGAUCUUCAAGCGAUGACAAAGCUAAGUCAUUUACAGGCGGAGGGUACAGACUGGGCAGUUCCUUCUACAAGCGGUCAGAGUAUAUCUAUGGAGAAAAUCAGCUGCAAGAUGUUCAGAUUUUACUGAGGCUGUGGAGCAACGGUUUCAGUUUAGAUGAUGGAGAACUGAGGCCUUACAGCGACCCAACAAAUGCUCAAUUUUUGGAGUCAGUUAAGAGAGGAGAGAUUCCUCUGGAGCUUCAGCGACUAGUCCACGGCAGCCAGGUGAGCCUGGACAUGGAGGAUCAUCAAGACCAAGAGUACAUAAAACCCAGAUUGCGCUUCAAGGCUUUUAGUGGAGAAGGGCAAAAACUUGGAAGCCUUACACCUGAAAUCGUCAGUACUCCUUCCUCCCCAGAAGAAGAGGAUAAAUCAAUACUGAAUGCAGCUGUUCUUAUUGAUGAUUCAGUGCCCACUACAAAAAUUCAGAUCAGGCUGGCAGACGGAAGUCGUCUCAUACAGAGAUUCAACAGCACGCACCGGAUUCUGGAUGUACGAGACUUUAUAGUACAGUCACGUCCUGAAUUUGCAACUACUGACUUUAUUCUUGUGACUUCAUUUCCAAGUAAAGAGCUAACAGAUGAGAGCGUGACUCUCCAAGAUGCGGAUAUUCUUAACACUGUGAUACUCCAGCAACUGAAGUAGUGCUGCUCCAACCCGGAACAGAUAAUGCUGUGAUUAUUAGUAAAAUACUUCCAGCAUAAAACAACCAAAUGACUUCUAUUAUUCAGAUAAAUUCUGGUUUUGCUGUUACGCUGUUUCAGUCUUUGUCUAGAUAAAAGGAUGAUUUAGACUAAGGGUAGAUCUUGAUGUUUGAGUUUUUAGUUGUAGGGCUGAUUUAUAUUGAUAGCUUGUAAAUGUUUAGAUCAAUCAGCUUAUUACAUGUUCAGUGCUAAUGUAAUAACAUUUUCAAAUGAAACAAAAAGAGGCCCUUUUUGGUAAAUGCAUUUGAUAAAAUUUGCACUCAAGUUUCUUAAUGUAGCAGUGUCCAGUAGCCAGAACGGAUACUUUGUUUGUGAUAUGUGCCAUACUGUCUCCUCUGAUUUUGUAAUUGUUCAUACAACAGUUAAGAGUUUGCAUAUCUUUUUGCAUAUUGUUUAAACUAUGUUAGUACCACAGGACAUAUUUUGGCCUUAUGUUUUGUAGAAUUAUAACUGUCAUGAACUAAAUUUUAAUAGAUAUAAGUCAUCAGCUCUUGACAAGAUGUGGUUAACAGCACUUUAUAUAGUCCCUUACAGAGCCUGUCGGGAUCACAGUCAUUCAUUCAGUCAGCGUUUUUAUGGGGACUCUAUUACACACACAUUGUUGGAAGUGUCCGACACAUAUGUGUCCAACCCAUAAUGAAUUCUUCAGUGUGUGAACUCAGUCUGAGAGACUGAAGUAAAAAUUACCAGCAAGAAGUUGUGUUUCCCUGGUCCAGGCAUUUCUUGGAUAGCUUGGGUAAAACCAAUAAUGACAGAAAAGCUUGUUUGCCCCCCAGGCUCCCUUCUAUCCUUGGUCACCAUUUCUGUGUCAUUUCCUGUUGACAUAAGAAAAUACAGAAUUUGUGACUGCAAUAGUACAGCUUUAUUAUCUUAGAAGAAUCUAAGUUGAAAACGGAACACGAGUUUCUCUGUGCUAGAAUCUAGGUGUUGGUGGGACUGCAUGGAGGCCCUAGACAAUCCCUCCUGGCUCCUCAGCUCCAGAGGCCACUGUGCCCUUUCCCCAUGGUGCUCUCCUUCAUCUGACAGCCAGCACUGCGUCUCUCUGACCUGUGAUAAGAUAGGAUGCACACGCAGUCCAUUGUCACUGCCCAGUGUGAACUUUAUAGGAACGCUAUCAUUCUUCAGAGUCGCUCGUUCCUGUCUCAGUUACGUGUUCAUGUGGUUGGAG